AUGGCGCUUCAUGUGCCAAGAGAGCAUUCCGCUUUCGUAGUAGCUCGUCAUGCAACACAUGGCUACUUGCUCCUGCUGAAAGGCGCAGGGUGCGCAGGGAAGAAGCAAUUCGAACUGCCCGUGGGGAGCUUUGCCCACAGCGAGGUGAAAGGCGCCAGCUACUACACCACAGCCAAGGCAGCGGCCAUUGGGGGGCUGCUCUUGCAGACUGGCCUAGACUUUCGUAGAACGCCUGAGCGUUUGCAAAGGAUGCGCUUCCCCGUGCAAAUCCAAGAGAAGAUAGGCAACUGUUGCUUUUUCGAGUUGGUGCUGCAUGAUGCGGAUUCCCUUUGCGAGGGGGACGUUCAGAGCAGCUCCUUGUCAGGAGGGCUCAGCUUUUUGCUCAGCAUCUCGGAGGAGCACUUCGGCUUCACCUUUCAGCGCGACCUCCAGAAUGCAGCGGCUGCAUUGGCGACUUCACACAAGCGGGUCUGCAUGGCGCUGCUGGCCACACGAAGCAUGUAUUCCCAGCAAAACUGCUGCUUUACAGGGCUUUGGAGUGUCCUUGGCGGGCACCCCUGGUGGGGGCAGCAGAGAGUAACAGCUGCGAAAACUAGAAGUUUCACCUUUGGGCCAGCUUCCGUGUGGCUUUUGUAA